AUGGAUAAGGAUCUGCCAACGACAGCCAUCUCCCACUGGUAUCGAGGAGAACGUUCCAAUGACUUUGAAAAUGCAGAAAUUGCCUUUGAGAAUGCUCGGAAGAAAUUUGAAGCAGAUGGAACCCGAGAUUCUCGGAAAAAGGACCAACUCCGCAUGUUGAAUGUGGCAACAAUGGACGACCUUUUGCAUGCGGUGAAGGACGCACAAGAGAACUUUCGUCAAAAUCGAACUGGGUCUGCUUAUGGACGAUAUAUGAAUCAGCUUGCGGAAAAGAUCCAUUAUUAUGGAAACAUUAUGGAUGUCCUUGUGCAACAUCAUCCCGAGUUCACCUCCUUGGCGUGGGGUGCAAUGAAACUUCUGGUUGGGGCAAUUGUAGAGCACAAAACGACCGGACUGACCAUCGCAAAUGGCUUAGUGGAUAUCGCAGACGCUCUGUCCCGUGCUAAGCUAGCAGUCUAUCUAUACCAAACUUCGUCGAUCAAGCAAUUAUUUGCAUCUCUAUAUGCCCAUAUUAUACGAUUUCUGCUACGUGCGUUAGAAUGGUAUGAAGAGGGAUCUUUCAAACGCGCUAUUCAUGCUGUCACCAAGCCCGCCGCCCUUCGGUACAACGAUAUCAUUCACGACAUCAAUAGUACCACCGACAAAAUGAUGGCCCACGCGGUCGCAGGUAGCCAGGUGGAGCAGCGCGACAUACAUCGCAGAUUUCUCAAGGUCCAACGCACCGUCGAGGAGAAUGCAUUGUCGAACACGACGGGUCAAGCGGAGAUAUUGCAAAAACUUCAAGACUUGUACAAUCUUGUUGCCAUCUCACGGGCCGAGCAAGCGGGAAUUUCUCGCGCUGUAUUCAGCAUUCAAUCAGCUCAAGCACUUCAGGUCAUACACGCCCAGUGCUCCAUCGACCAUCAAAGCUGUCUGCAAAUGUCCAUCGGUCUCCGCAAUCAUCAUCGCCGCACAUUGAGAACCAAGACAACGCCCUUUUGGAAGACACCUCGCCUGCAAGCGUGGAAUCGAUCAUCCACUUCCUUACUUUUGCCCGUUCAAGUCCGGAUAGCCGAUCGAUUGGUUGCUCAAGAUUUCUGCACGAAUAUUGUCGAACAGCUUCUCCAUAACAGGAUAGCCAAUCUCUGGGUCCUGCCCCACCAAAGCGAAUGUCAUCCUGUGAUGGCCACACUCAAGAGUCUCAUUUAUCAGACCGUGACUGUGAUCGAUUCCAUGGGCUCGAAGAGCAAUAUUCUCCAACAUAUGGAUCGGUUUAAUUAUGCGGUCCUUGUGGAAGACUUCCUGGAUGUCCUUGCCGGGCUCCUCCGCUCGUUGACAGUAGUGUAUAUGAUUGUGCAGCUGCAAGCCAUUGACCCACAAUACUCCGCUGAUUUUAUCUCUUGCCUCCACCGCUUAAUUCAGAAGAUGUCUGAUACUGGCUCACCAACUGUGCUCAGAAUACUCGUCCUCAGCUGGAGUCCCAAAAGUCCAUUGUUUGAGGAGGGCGGGACUCGACCACUCAAGCUGUUGAUGCGUGAAAACUCUCGACGUCGAGGACAGUUGAUGCCAAGACAGCCUCUUUCUCUACCAGUGGAACCUUGUGGGGACGCGGCCACCGAGUCUUGA